UAAUAUGAUAAAGUUUAUCAAGUAACUAGUAAGAUAGUAAUUAAGUUUAACAUGGAUAUAUGCAGCCAGAGAUUCUCUCGAAUACAGCAUAAAUGAAUAGAACUAGGUAGAACUGACAAUGGGGUUAUUAACGGAUCCUACGGCAGGAUCUGGAAAAAUAAUAAAAUUUUUAUUAAAACGAGAACGACCACUUUGUUUCUUCUUAUACAUUAGCGGUAUUGUUUGGAUAUUAGUUCUUGCUUUGCCCAUAUUCAACGAUAAUACCUAUUUCUCUGAAAAUGCUUUAUUGCCAGGAUUGGUUACGAAAGAAAGUAACUUGGCGCAAACAGCAAAACAAUAUUACAUACACUUAAUCCAUGAAAUGAAACGAUAUCCCGAUAUAAUGCCAUAUGCUUGGUUAGCUGCAAAAUUAAAUCAGCUUCAUUUGGAUGUUUUUACACAUAAUUUCACAUUAGUAUAUCCUUUUCAAGAGCAACAGUUUACAGGCCAAAAUAUAUAUGGGAUUAUGAGAGCUCCAAGAGCAGCUAGUACAGAAGCAAUUGUAGUUAGCGUCCCUUUUAGACCAAUUAAUAGUAUUUAUUUGGAUACUGCACCUUCUAUUGCUCUUCUUCUUGCAUUUGCUAAAUUUUGUAGAAAACAGAAAUACUGGGCAAAGGAUAUUGUAUUCCUAAUAACAGAACAUGAACAAUUAGGAAUACAAGCGUGGUUGGAUGCAUAUCAUGGAGUUACUAGUGGUAACGAAGGUAUACUUGUAUCUGGAGAUCUUCCUGGUCGUGCUGGCUCCAUUCAAACUGCUAUUAAUUUGGAAUUACAUUCAAUGAAGAUUACAUCUAUUGAUGUUAAAGUAGAAGGAUUAAAUGGUCGAUUACCCAAUUUAGAUCUUUUUAAUUUGGCACAAAAUAUGAUAGCCAAGGAAGGAAUUCGACAAUCAUUUCAAAGACGUUUUGAUGUUAAAUAUAAAAAUAAGUUUAACUAUUGGUGGUAUCAUUUCAAUACACUUCUGAUGAUGAUUACAAGUCAAGCUACUGGAAUUCCAACAGGAAAUCAUGGACUUUUCCAUAGGUUCGGUAUUGAAGCGAUUACUUUGGAAGGUUUUGAAAAGCCUGGUCAACAAAAUUCUAAUGGAAAUUUUUACCAAAUUGGUCGUAUUGUAGAAAGUAUAGUACGAUCGUUAAAUAAUUUAUUAGAACGUUUUCACCAAUCUUAUUUUUUUUAUCUGCUUCCAUCAACAGAUACUUAUAUUUCUAUUGGACUUUAUAUAAGAUCUUUAGUCUUAAUUAUUGCUGGGAUAUUUGUAAAAGCAUUUUCUAUUUGGCAAAGGCUUCAAGUAUCCACUUCUGUAGAAGAUAAGAAAAACACAGUUACUAAACAGUCAAAGAAUGAUGGAUUUGACAUUGGCAUUAUUAUGUCAGAAAUAUUAUGGAGCCAUAUUUGUGGUGUUGUAAUUGCAACAUCCCCAUUCCCACUUACUUAUUUUGGUAAAAAAGUAAAUUCUCAUACAGAAGACUCUAUAUAUUUCGGUUUUGUUGCAAUAACUAUCUUAACAUUAAUAUGGCCAUUUUAUUCUAGAAGGCAAAUGAAGUAUAAAAAUGCAGCUUUAGUUUGUGUGAUUGCACUAGUAGAGUUGGGUACUGUAUUAAUGUGCAUAGCAAUGCAUAAUUUUUCUUUGGCACUUCUUACUGCUGUAAUUUAUGUACCUUUUGUAUUUGUUCUACCAAUAACACCAAAACAAAAUCUCACCAAAUCGCGCAAAAUGCUUUCUUUUAUGUGGGUUUUUCUACAUCCAUUUAUGAUUGCAAGUUUAUUCAUAAUGUCUUACACAUACAUAUAUUUUUUUUCUGAUUCCCUCCCCUCAAUUUUAUUUCGAGGAUAUCGUGCUACAAAACAAGCAUUUGUUUUUAGUAUCAUGGAUUCAAUGAUUUAUGGGAAUUGGUUAUAUAAUGUAACAGUUUCCACAAUGUUUCCUAUUUGGUUUAUAUUUUGGAACAUUUUAUGUUUUAAUAUAGUAUGAAUUCCUAAUAUGUGUAAAUAGUUCUUUUUAUAAUAAAAAUUAUAAUUAUGAGAACUUAUUAUUAUUAUUAUUAUUAUCUAAGGAUUUUAUAAAAUACUGUAUACUGUAUAAUAAGAAAAAUUUGUUAGUAUCACAUUUCAUCAAUAUGAAAAACUAUUUAUAUUAUUAUUUAUUCUUCUUAAUUAAGACGCAAUAGACAGUCACUGCCUACUAUACAUUGUAUAGAAUACUUAUUUAUAAUAUUUAGAAAGAAGUUGAAUUUUUGAGAUUCUAGAUUACCACAUUUGUAUUAUUUUCACUGUGAUGAUAAUAAAUGUAUAAUUACACAAAAGUUUAAAUAAAAAUCUGAAGCUUAUUUUCGAUUUUGAAUACUGUAUAAAUUUAAUUUGUAUAAUGUAUUCAACUUUUUAUGUGAUUAUAAAAUAUUUUAAUUAAAUUAUUGCAUAAUGAAAAUAAAUAUCAAAUAAAAAAUGGGCUUACUUAAAUAAAAACUUUACUAUAGGGAACAAACAAUUACUGACGUUUUUCGCAAUCUUGUAAUUUUCAACAUGUAAAAUACAAAGAUAGAAAAUAUAAGUUCUAAAGUGUAGAAUCUAUUGGUUCAACAAUUAAAACUGGGCAUUUUUAGGUUCCACACACACGUUACUUUGACGCCAUAAUUACUAAUUUGAUAAUCUACCAAAAAUUAUCAAAAUGUAUUGCAUGUGAUGCCUCGAAAAAAUGGAGCUUAUAACAGAAGAUAACAUCUUAAUAUAGUUACCACAAAUAUAUUUAUAAAAAUGCCUUUAUUUACAUAUGUUACGGGCGAAGUUCGCAGAAAUGAUACGGAAUUGAGAUGGGUUAGGGUCAGGUUAUAGAAGAAGAAGACUUGGAAUCUCCGAGGAGGACGCGUGGGACCAGUGGCGAUCUGAGCUGAUCAACGAGGGAGGCGAACAUCAGGGAGACAUGGAGAAGCCGCUGCGGCCUCCCGCUCACAUACAGGAUGACCCAGGCGCUUACUGGACACGGCGUGUUCGGCGAGUACCUAAGAAAAAUCGGACGGGAGACGACAGACAUUUGUCACCACUGCGGAGAGGGCAGGGACGCAGCGCAGCACACGCUGGUGUUUUGUUCGGCGUGGAAGCUGCCCCGCUACAUUCUGCGGCACGCCAUAGGAGAAAGAUUGACCCCCUCAGCGAUUGUAGAAGCGAUGUUGAGAGGGUCACAGAAAUACAAGGCCGUCCGCCUCUUCUGCAAGCGAGUUAUGCUCGCGAAAGAGCGAGCAGAAAGGGAGAGAAAAACUUUCACCCUUGUAGGAUAAGACGAUGGAGGAGGAUGGCAGUCAGGCGACCUAGAGCCGCUCCAUCGCCGUCCCAACGGACCACGACUAGAAGGGGCGAUAGCGCUAGGGAUAAUGGCGCCCCCUAACGCCAAAUUCAAUAAUCAGGAAUUAUUAGGACUGGCUCGAACAAGAGGACGCGGGAAGGGGGUGCAACAGAAGUUAAUUCAUAAGAGGUUCCUGGAGUACUCCUGUCAUACGCGUAGGAUGGUUAUCGUGGAGUUUUGGUCAGUAGGAGUCCGACACUACUCUGCUGUUACGCGAUUAUUAGAACAGCGGA